AGAGAUGGAGCAAUACUAGAGCGACGCGCUGCCUAAACAUCCGGGUAACGAGGGAAAACCGCUUGUUGCGUUGAUUCUAGCGCGCAUAGUGGCCUCGUUCUUCCACCUUCUCGUGUCUAUAAGGGGGGGAGGAGGGGUCCCUAUACCCUUGAGUAGAAAAUCAGUUCAAUUUUAUAACGGAAGUAUGUCUACAAGGAGUAUAUGAAUCCUAAGGGCAUGCGUGCUCUUCCUCUGGCGUUCUGUGCGCCGGCAAGAUAUCUUAACUCAGUUCUGCUUAACAAAGAGUUGUGGGUACUGCAAUGCGCGUGCGCAGAAGGCAGUCUGAAGAUAAUUUCGCUGCUCUACCGUAGAGAAGCGGGAGAGGUUACGUGUAUGUAUUUCUGUUCUGGCGGGAAAGUUCUUGAGAAGCCCGGGUAGAAUGCGCGUUGGGAAUAUCUGCAGUCCGACGGUGCAAGAUGUCAGUGCAGAAAGUAUGGGAACCACAGGAGGGCAGUUAUAGAAGCACAACACAAAUGACAAAAGAUGUAAACAAAGAGAAAAGUCAACUUCUGACAGCAGCAGGAGAAUGUGCUGCCCCCAAAGAAGAUACUGAGAGUCUGGCUGAAAGUCCAGUUCUGUGCAAAGUGGAUGGAGCAACUGUAUCUUUAGCAGACUUUCUCAGCCCCAAAGCUGUCCCUGAAGGAUGGGAGAAGAUAAUAAAGCAAAGACAGCGAGGCAAAACUAAAGGAAAAUUUGACAUUUAUUUUAUCAGUCCUCAAGGAAUGAAGUUCCGAUCCAAGCGUGCUCUUUCGGAUUACUUCAAAAAGACCGGUGAAAUUGUUCUUAAAUCAGAGGAUUUUGAUUUUAAUGCUCCUAUUCAGAACAGUGCACUGUUGAGAACCAAGGGAUCAAGUAUUGUGGAGUCAAGAGUACAGAUCUAUAACUCAAACAGCCAGGUUUCUGAUCUUGGUUUACAAAAUAGUGAUGGGGGAAAUGCAACUGUUCUGCAGAAUGAAGUUUUGGGACUGCAAACUAAGGCCAGGGAGUUGGAAAAUAUUUCUCUCUGUUUGCAAGAUGGGCCCACAAUAGAUAACGCAAAGGACUAUUCUUUACAGACAAACAAAAAAAAUAAUUUGGAUGAUGACCAAAACAAGAGACAGAGAAAAACAUCACAUAAAAAUCAAAUAAUGGGAUGUAUUAAAAGAAGCAGACAAAAGAAUGGUGCUUGUGCUGUUAAUAGUGAGAGUGUAAAUGAACAGAAAGUGUGCCAGCUAGGCUCAAGAAGAAAGAAAAUAUGCUUGAAUGAUGAAUUGCUGAUUUCUGAGCCAACAAUGGUGAUGCAUAUUAAUCCCUUGGAAGCUAGCUUGGAAUGCAAGUCAAGUGCAGAAGUUUUAAAAUGUGGUGAGAGUCCCAGCGAGAUUGUUACUGCAACAACUGUUAAAAAUUCGUCAGAGCCUGAAAACUUGAAAAACUGGACGCCUUUAGAGAGCCAAGAUACAAAGUUUACUCCCAAGGAAGAUAUUCAUGUUUCGCAAAUCAGUGAUGAGAAUAACUUUACAUCAGUUAAAGAUGGCCGUGUUCAAAGAACCCAAGUGGAGAGAAGGAAAACCAGUCCAUAUUUUUCCAGUAGAUUCCUCAAAGAAGCUCCAAGCCCCCCAAGGAGAAAGGCUUUUCGGAAAUGGACUCCACCUCGUUCUCCUUUUAAUUUGAUCCAGGAAACGCUCUUUCAUGAUCCAUGGAAGCUCCUAAUCGCCACCAUAUUUCUGAAUAAGACUUCAGGUAAGAUGGCCAUUCCUGUUCUUUGGGAAUUUUUGAAGAAAUAUCCUUCACCUGGAAUAGCAAGAAUUGCUGACUGCAAGGAAAUGUCACAGCUGCUGAAACCUCUUGGGUUAUAUGAACUCAGAGCAAAGACCAUCAUCAGAUUCUCAGAUGAAUAUAUGACUAAACAAUGGAAGUAUCCUAUUGAGUUGCAUGGAAUUGGAAAAUACGGAAACGAUUCUUACAGGAUAUUCUGUGUCAAUGAAUGGAAAGAGGUACAGCCACAAGACCAUAAGCUGAAUGUUUAUCAUGCUUGGCUUUGGGCAAACCAUGAGAAACUGAGCCUUAAUUAACAACUUUGUGCAAACAUACCUUUCUCAGUGUUUAAUGUUUUGCUCUUUCUGCAGUCUUUCUGGUUACCAUAAAUACAAACAUUCUUUUUAUAUAUUUGUAAUUUCAAACAAGUGCAGUGUUCAAAUUCAUUGCAAUUAAAGGUGAUUAAAACAUUUUUAAAAUAUAUUAAAA